CUGGCCAGCAAAGUAGUCGAUUCUUGUACGGCAUGGGUGUACGCCGUGCGUGCUCAGCUGCCGGCAAAACAGCUUGCCAGGAGGGACCUGCGGCUAUGUUUGACGAAUCCUCAGAGCCAGUCGCACAUUAAGAUGUUGCGGUCUGUGCGUGACACACUACCCCGGGUAAGUUAUGAUUCCGAUCGUUAAUCAUUUUAAACGGGAAAUAACAAUCAUACAAAAACAGUACCGAGGGCGAGCUUUUGAGGAUAUUUAAUCGAUUUUUGUUUUCCGUUUAGGUUCAAGCAAUUUUAAAUGAAGCUUGCCCGGCACUUGAUGUCUCAGUAGAGCAGAUUAAUGCUCUGGUGGCAUUCUUAGAGCCAUUCGAUUUAGAUGGUAGUCGAGAGAAGUCAGCUAGUGUCACGCCAUCUCGAGUACCUGCGCUACUGGGUCAUCUUCGUAUCGACCCAGAAGAUUCAGAAAUGGUCUGUGACCUUAAAAACUUGGCUCGAGACGAGUGCAAGAUUCUCGAUGCCAUUGUUCAAAUUGACAACUGCAAAAUUAUAGUAGGCUACUUCAAUAGAUCGGGGCUAAAAAGUGACUUAAAAAAAACCACCAAACAGGAGGUCCCUACUAGAUGGAACUCACAGCUAGAAAUGCUGGAAUCUAUGCAAUUUUCAUGGGACAAAAUCAAGGAUAUUGUGAAUGAGCCUGGCUGUCCACAUCUUGCUACCUUCAAUGCCAUUGACAAAAAUACUGUGGACGACUCGAUUGAUUUUUUAGAGCCGUUCGAAGUACACACUAAAGAGCUUGAAGGCCACCUGCACCCUACUAUUCAAAAGUGCUGCCCAGCAAAGCACGCACUUCUUGCUCAUUGCAGACCUUGCGCCACGGACAGUGAGCUAGUUUCCGCUAUUAAGGAAAAAGCAAGGUACUUGAUUCAGGAGAAAAUAGUUAUAGCAGAGGAGCACAAGCUGGCAUUAUUUCUGUGGCCCUCUAUGAACGAGCUCAACGCCAUUCCGACGGAAUGCGAGCGAAAAGAGGUACAUGCAGCUAUGCGGCGCAAAGCCUUAGGUGUGGAUGCGGCUGACAUCGACAACCCUGAUCCUGGUGUGCAGGAAGGGGGGCCGACACCCGCUAAGCGUAGGCGGGCGGAUCCGUAUGCGUCCCUUAAAACCAAGAAAAAUGUCGUAAGCAAGGACGAAAUAGACAAAUACUUGGAAAUGACGGCGGACGACAUAGGAGAUGACGAGGACCUUCUCGAGUGGUGGAGAACCAAGGGAACUGUGCCCUUCCCAAAAAUGUCAAAGGUCGCAAUGGAUUUGCUCGCCAUUCCCGGCUCCAGCGCACCUUGCGAAACCAUCUGGAGUGAUGCUGGACGCAUAGACACAGAUGAAAGAAGUAGUAUGAAAAUGGAGACUUUAGAAAAUAACUUGGUGCUGCGGCACUACCUCCGUGCUAAGCGAAGUGCUUAG